AACUUUAAUUUUAAAAAUAAUAACGGAUCGAACGCCUUCGAGUUAUUAUUAUUUCAAGAAAUGGACAUGGCUUUGUCAAUGGAUAAUAUUGUUAUAUCCAAUGAAGAGGAAAUUUGUAUGAUGAAAUCUAUGCAUCUACCUUGUGGUUUAUAUCUUAACAUGGUGAUAAGAGCUGCCAUUGAACUUGACCUAUUUGAGAUUAUAGCAAAAUCUACUACUCAAAAACUAUCUUCUUAUGAAAUUGCAUCUCAAAUUCCCACAAAAAACCCUAAUGCAUCAUCCCUUGUUCUUGAAAGGAUUUUAAGGUUUCUUGCUAGUCAAUCUUUUCUCACAUGCAACAUUACAAAAAAUGAUGAUGGAAAUGUUCACACAUCAUACAAUUUGACUCCAUUAAGCCAAAGUUUAAUCUCAGAUAAAGAUGGAACAUCAAUUGCUCCCUUUUUACUAUUGAAUACUGAUCCAGUAGGUGUUCAUGCUUGUUUUCAUUUGAAAGAUGCAAUAUUAGAAGGUGAGGUACCAUUCAACAAGGCCCAUGGGGUGCAUGCUUAUGAAUACCAUGGAAAAGAUAGUAGAAUGAAUGGUGUAUUCAACAAAGCUAUGCAAAAUGUCACUUGUAUUGACAUGAACAGAGUUCUUGAGUGUUACAAUGGAUUUCAAGGAGUAAAAGAGAUAAUAGAUGUGGGAGGUGGACUUGGAAUAUCAUUAGCUUCUAUAAUUUCCAAAUAUCCUAAUAUCAAGGGCAUUAAUUUUGACCUACCUCAUGUCAUCAAAGAUGCCCCUACUUAUGAAGGCAUAGAGCAUGUUGGAGGAGACAUGUGGGAUAGUAUUCCUCAAGGGGAGCUCAUCAUACUGAAGGCGGUACUUCAUAAUUGGGAUGAUGAAGAUUGUGUGAAAAUACUGAAGAAUUGUUGGAGAGCAUUGCCAAAUGAUGGUAAAGUAGUUGUAAUUGAACAAAUACAGCCAGAAUAUCCAGAGACUAAUCCUCUAUCUAAGCAUUCAUUUAGUUUUGACAUAUCAAUGAUGAUUAUAUUUCAUGGAGGCAAAGAAAGAACAAAACAACAAUUUGAAGAUUUGGCUAAACAAGCUGGAUUUACAUCUAUCAAAGUUGUGGCUCGAGCAUAUUAUUCUUGGCUCAUCGAACUCUACAAGUAUUAGAUACCUCUUUUUAAAUAAUUUAUGCUGCCUUCGUUUCAAAUUACCUGACGUCCUUAUUAUGAUUUCAAGAUUCAAAUUUUUAAAUUUCGAUCAUAUUUGGAUGAAAAAAUUACCAUCAAAAUGAAAAUUUAUUUGUCUCUAGAAAAUGACAUAUAAAUUGGAUUUGGAUGAGAAGGAGUUAAUUAGUCUUUCAAGAAUAAAGAGUUAAUUGGUUUAAGUAUUUGCUGUCUAUUUCUAAUUAUAUUCUGAUGUUUUUUUAUGUAACAUGAUUUUCAAUGAAGGACCUUAUAACAUUAGAAAAGAA